AUGUUGCUGUGGCCUUUGAUGCUGGUUCUAGCUCCUCUCAGUGGACAGCUUGGGCCAGGCUGUGCAGCAGGAGGCCCUGAGGCUGGGCCUGCGGGCGCCUCCACCUCAGACUCCUUUUCUCUUUCCUCCUCAGCAAGGACACACAGGUCCAUUAUUUCCCUCCAGCCUCCAUGGACCACAGUCUUCCAAGGAGACAGAGUGACUCUGACUUGCAAGGAAUUUCACUUCUACUCACCGCAGAAAACAAAAUGGUUCCGUUUGUACUUUGGGAAAGAAAUACGAAGAGAAACCCCAGCAAAUACCCUCGAGGUCCGGGAAUCUGGAGAGUACAGAUGCCAGGCCCGGGGCUCCUCGCUCAGUAGCCCUGUGCGCUUGGUCUUCUCUCCAGCUUCGCUGAUCCUGCAGGCCCCGCUUUCUGUGUUUGAAGGAGACUCCGUGGUUCUGAGGUGCCGGGCAAAGGCAGAAGUAACACUGAGUACUAUUUACAAGGAUGGUAAUGCCCUAGCACUUCUUAAUAAAAGCUCCGACUUCCAUAUUCAUCAUGCAAGUCUCAAGGACAAUGGUGCAUAUCACUGUACUGCAUUUAAUAGAAGUAAUUUCCCUGUUUCUUCCAACAUAGUCAAAAUCCAAGUCCAAGGUAAAGCCUUCAUCAUUUUGUAAAGUGAGUUGGUCAAAAGAAGACUCCCCGGGGUCACAGAGGUAGAACGGGAGGAAGAGGGUGAGCUGGAAUACUAUUAAAUCACAGGGACAUUCCUGCAAGGACCAGAGGAGGUAUAGCAGUGCUUUGGACUGAAGGAAGCUAGGAUUUUAUGACAUCCCUUUCUUUGCUUGCUUUUGGUUGUGCUACUGCUUGAAGUGUGUUUUUCUCCAGAGCACAUCUCAGCCUCAUUGCUCUGGGACCAUUGUUGUGAUUCUUCUCUCUAGAGUUGUUUUCACGUCCAGUGUUGAGAGCAAGCCCCUCCCAGCCCAUCAACGGGAGCCUAGUGACCCUGACCUGUGAGACCCAGCUCUCUCUAGAGAAGUCAGAUGUCCAGCUCCAGUUCUGCUUCUUCAGAGAUGGCCAGACCCUGGGAUUAGGCUGGACCAACUCCUCGAAGUUCCAGAUUGCUGCCACGUGGAGUGAAGAUUCAGGGUCCUUCUGGUGCGAGAUAGAUACUGUGGCUCACACCGUCAAAAAAGAAAGCCUGAGAUCUCAAAUUUGUGUGCAGAGUAAGUUUUUGUAAAAAUGGACAUUGGCGCCAGAAAAAGGAGGGUAGCAUGGGAACAUUGCUUCCAACUUAGUUCCUUUUUUCCUUGAAGUGGUGAGCAGGGGUCUAUCUUAGAUUCUGGUGCUAUCUUGAGGUCUUCUCUCUGCUAGUGCAUUAGGAGUGGAAUAAUUAUCAGUAGACUCCAAAAAGUCUCAAGACUUCUGGAUUUUUGCUAAAUCUCUAAAUUUACCCUUUCAUGUUGCAAAAUAAUCAGAUAUUUAUUGGGUGUCCGUAAUUGUGCUAUAGAGGCUGGGGAGGACACAGAUGAUCUUUGAAGCAUCAUCCCUGGAGGCAGGAAACAACUCACAUUAUAGGUGGAAAAGAAAGAGAGUACUCUUGAAUAUUCAUUGAAAUUUUCUUUGUGGACUAAUAGCAGUAGUAGUGAUAGUCAACGUUUACAAAUGUUCCAUUUGUACCUGAAAA